AUGGCUAACGAAAUUUCGUUUGAUAUUACUGAUGUGGAUGCUAAAGUGGAACAAUUUACGUGUACCCCUCAAAAGUUCAACCCAAAGUAUUCAGCUCAAGACUCUUCAAAACGUGUUUCGACGUCAUCGCAUCAUCAUCGUCAAUCCUCCAACUUAACUGAGGCAACACAACUACAAACACUUAUAAAAAGCAGUUUUGAUUUAGAUUGCUCAGUGAUUGGUUACUCUCCUAUUCAAGAAAGUUUUGGGUUUUCAGCAUUCAAAAAUGUGUAUCUUAACUGGGUGGCGCGUGUGAGAAUGAACCGUCGCACUAAAAAACUCCCACAAUCUGUUCUUGCUGCAAAUAGACAGACUAAAAUUAAUCAAAAGUACCGUAUAGAUUAUAGUGAUGCAGCCUAUGACUUGACAUCAUUGAGUUUGGCGGGAAAAUUCCCACCAAGCCCUAGUGAGCAUGGCUACGAAACUCCAAAGUUUGCAGAGCGUCAUGUAUUCAUUAAUCCUAAAGUAGGAACAUCUUUUUUACUGCCGAGCGGGAAUUUCACUUUGCUUGACGGAAUAGAAGUUGAUGAAGUUGAGGAUACUUUGCACCAUGUAUUUCUAGCUAUGGUAAACCCUAAAAAACAUGGCGUUGCAGAUAUAAUUAAAGACCAGGAUGAUAUUUCUAUUGAAGACAUUUUCGAUUUGCCAUUUUACACGCUUGUUGGUCUUGAACAACGAGUUGUUGCUGGACUUAUUGCUUUAUAUCGUGUUUAUGGUCGCGAUAUGGAUAGACUAAGCAACUGCAGGUGGGGGAAUGCUACCGGGAAAAUUGCACAGCUAUUUCGCAAUGAAGUUGAAGCACAGGGCCUUGAAGAGUUUUUAAAAGGCUCUGCAGUUAACUCUAGUGCUUUGGAAAUGUCUCCAAUUCAGAAGUUAAGAUCUUUAUAUGGUCAAGGAUUAAACUAG